UCUCCCUCCUGGAUGUCUGCCCCCAGGGACUCGUGAAUGGCCGUGGGGCCUCAGGCAGAGGGCCCAGGGUGAGGGCCAGGCAGGGUCACAGCAAGCCCCUCCCCGACCCCAGGUCUGCGAGGGCUGAUGAUCGCAGUGAUGAUGGCCGCGCUCAUGUCGUCGCUGACCUCCAUCUUUAACAGCAGCAGCACGCUCUUCACCAUGGACAUCUGGAGGCGGCUGCGGCCCCGUGCAGGGGAGCGGGAGCUGCUGCUCGUGGGACGGCUGGUCAUCGUGGUGCUCAUCGGCGUGAGCGUGGCCUGGAUCCCCGUGCUGCAGGGCUCCAACAGCGGGCAGCUCUUCAUCUACAUGCAGUCGGUGACCAGCUCCCUGGCGCCCCCGAUCACUGCGGUCUUCAUCCUGGGCAUCUUCUGGCGCCGUGCCAAUGAGCAGGGGGCCUUCUGGGGCCUGAUUGUGGGGCUGGCGGUGGGGGCCACGAGGCUGGUCCUGGAAUUCCUGCACCCGGCCCCGCCUUGCGGCGAGCCAGACACACGGCCGGCCGUCCUGGAGAGCAUCCACUACCUGCACUUCGCCGCCGUCCUCUUUGUGCUCAGCGGUGCGAUUGUGGUGGCCGGGAGCCUGCUGACCCCACCCCCCCAGGCUGUUCAGGUUGAGAACCUUACCUGGUGGACCCUGGCUCAGGACCUGUCCUUGGGAGCCAAAGCAGGAGAUGGCCAAACACCCCAGAAAUAUGCUUUCUGGGCCCGUGUCUGUGGCUUCAACGCCAUCCUGCUCAUGUGCGUCAAUGUCUUCUUCUACGCCUACUUCGCCUGAUGCCACCGCGGGCAGGAAGCGGGAGCCUGAGUCCUCUGGUCUACCCCUUUUCCCUAGUGGGGACACCGAGGCCCAGAGAGGGGCGGACUCUCCUCACAGCUACGCAUGGGUCGGUGCCCAGGGACUGGCCUAGCCAGCAAAGCAGGAGCCCAGAAAAAUCAGGGGGAAAUGGGGGAAAAAUUGUGAUAUUUCAAAAAUAGCACCAAAGUCGUCAUAAUUAGAAAGAAAAUUAGA